AAGGAUUUCACUGAUGUAUGCGAUGUGGAGACUGCAGGUCGCCUUGUGUACUGUGUCGGUGCUUUCCCUGUCCUCCGCUGGUGAAGCCAAAGCGCGGAGCUGUAGCGAGGUUAGGCAGGCUUAUAACGCGAAGGGAUUCAGCCUCCUCAAUGUUCCCCAUCAGGAAAUAUCAGGUGAGCACCUCCGUGUCUGUCCUCAGGGAUAUACCUGCUGCACAUCUGAGAUGGAGGACAAACUCAGCCAGCAGAGCAAACUGGAGUUUGAGAAUUUGGUCGAAGAGAGCAGCCGUAAUAUAAGAACGACUUUUAUCACCAGGCAUAAAAAAUUUGAUGAGUUUUUCUUGGAGCUUCUGGACAACUCUGAGAAAUCGCUCAACAGCAUGUUCACAAGGACGUACGGGAAGCUGUACAUGCAGAACUCUGAGGUGUUCCAGGACCUGUUCACUGAGCUAAAGCGCUACUACACAGGAGGCAAUGUCAACCUGGAGGAGAUGUUGAAUGACUUCUGGUCCAGGCUGCUGGAGCGCAUGUUCCAGUUGCUUAACUCCCAGUACCACUUCACAGACGACUACCUGGAGUGCGUCAGUAAAUACACAGAUCAGCUAAAGCCCUUUGGAGACGUGCCCCGGAAGCUGAAGGCACAGGUCACCAGGGCCUUCAUUGCCGCACGAACGUUUGUGCAAGGACUAAUGGUUGGCCGGGAGGUGGCCAACAGGGUUGCAAAGGUGAAUGUAGUUCCAGCAUGUGUCAGAGCCUUGACCAGGAUGCUGUACUGUCCGUACUGCAGCGGCAUGCCUGGGCUGAAACCCUGUCACAACUACUGUCACAACGUUAUGAGGGGCUGUCUUGCAAACCAGGCAGACCUUGAUUCUGAAUGGAACCUUUUCACUGAUGCCAUGUUGCUGGUAGCUGACAGACUGCAGGGGCCCUUCAACAUUGAGGCUGUUAUCGAGCCAAUUGACAUCAAGAUCUCUGAGGCCAUCAUGACCAUGCAGGACAACAGCAUGCAAGUAUCAGCAAAGGUUUUUCAAGAGUGUGGCCAACCAAAGCCGUCAGGAAUAGGCAGGUCUGCACGGGGAAUCUCUGAUGUGUUCAGUGCUCGCUUCAGACCGUACACGCCCGAACAGAGACCAACCACGGCAGCUGGAACAAGCCUCGAUAGACUGAGGAUUGUCUGGAGGACAAUGCAACACAGUGUGACUGACAUCAAAGAGCGAUUAAAGGAGUCCAAAAGGUUCUGGUCCAAAUUGCCAGAUGAAAUCUGUUCUGAAGAAAAGCUCACAGAGUCUGAUGAGGAGCAGUGCUGGAACAGCCACACGAAGGGCAGAUAUUUCCCUGAAGUGGUGAAAGAGGGUUUAACCAACCAGGUAAACAACCCAGAGGUUGACGUGGACAUCACCAGACCUGACUCCCUCAUUCGGCAACAGAUCAUGGCUCUGCGCGUCAUGACCAACAAGCUGAAGAAUGCCUACAAUGGAAAUGACAUCUACUUCCAGGACUCCAGUGACGAGGGCAGCAGCUCUGGCAGCGGCAGCGGCUGCUCUGACGGCUGCACCACAGAGUUAAUUUUUGUUGGAACAGAAGCUCCUGUGAUUGGAGCCGACAGAAGCGAUGAACGCGCUGCUGCUGCAGCUGCAGGCAAGUCACUUUCCCGCGGACCCUCCCUACUGCUGGUGAUGGCUGCCCUCACAAUCCCACUUUGGGCAAUGCAGACUCAGUUAAGAUAAUACAGUGUGGCCUCAUCUCAGACUUUGACACUGUUGCAUAACAGUAUGCUUUACGGCAAGUUAUACUGCUGUUCCCUCACCGGACAUGUACAACCUCCUGGAAACAUGUCAAGAGUGGCUGGCUGUGUGGUAUGGUAGUCUUGGAAGUGAGUGCAGAGCUGCAUCCUGCUUGUCCCCCAAAGAAUGCUCGGUGCCAUCAAUGAACCAGCUUUCAUGUCUCUGAAAAAAAAUGGAAGAAAAAAUGUUUUCUCAUCAUUUUAAAUCAAGCUUUGAAAACAAUGCUUCUCUUUUAGAACGUUAAGUUGGGUCAGUCGCUGAUUUCUCAGACAAAGAGAAACCUUUUUGUUCUUUGUUUGAUAAAGGCAAAAACGAGAUUGCAUAUUUGACCCUAUUAGUUUUCUCCCCUCAGACAAAAAGAAUGUUUUACUGUGUGUAUGCAUGGAUAUGAUGUGAACAGAAAAAGCUUCUUUUUUUUUUAUUCCACUUUAUUUUAUUUUACCUCUCAGUGUAGCUACACCGUUUUGGAAUGAUUGAGCAGUUCCCUUGUUUCCUGUUUGGUCAUUUCAGUGUGGCUUUUGGAAGCAGCAGGUCUUACAUCCGCUUUAUUGUUGCACAUUUGAUUAUUAUUAAGUGCUAAUGUACUGCACUAAGAGAACUAUUUUGCACAGGUUACUUUUCGUUAGCUUCACGUGUUUAUAAAGCUAAAGGAACCAUCCACCACAUAGAGAAAUAAAAUAUCUAUAUAUAUUUUCAGAUCAUCUAACUGAUCGUACUGUACAUGUACUUAUAAGCAUAACAGUAUGUAGUUCAUUGGAAGGUACUAUAAUGUAAUCUUGCUGGUUUAGUUAAAAGCUGCAUUUUUUUUACUAAAGGUAAUAUUUACUUUUUAUUUGAUCACCUGUUUAAAAAAUAUUAAGCCAUUGUAUUACAAAUCCCUGUUAAUAAUGUUUAGUUACCC